AUGCUUAGCAUUCAAAAGGGGACUUCCAUUCGUUGUGUCUUUGAAGACAUUACCAAGUGUCAGACUGCAGGGACGAAGUAUCGUGGUCGUCGUCAAGCCCUUGGAGAGACCCGUCCUGUCAACAUUCCAAACGACUCGGUGGAAGCCCAGAUUGUCGCUGAUGUUUUGGAGGAUGGAUUCAGUUUGAUGCAAGCUACGAGGCAAGUCAACCAUCAUCUAAAGGAGACGGAGCAGCCCUUGGUCUCCUUUUCCUCAGUUUGGCAUCUCUCCAAGCGACUCAAGCCCUUGGUCAAACCCAUCAAGCGUCUCAAGCAAGGGAGUACUGACAAAGAGUCUGCUUGGGCCCAAGCUCGCUACAAUUGGUCGAUCCAACUCAUUCUUUGA